AUGGACUGUGGCAGUACCAUGGACUGUGGCAGUACCAUGGACUGUGGCAGUACCAUAGACUGUGGCAGUACCAUGGACUGUGGCAGUACCAUAGACUGUGGCAGUACCAUGGACUGUGGCAGUACCAUGGACUGUGGCAGUACCAUGGACUGUGGCAGUACCAUAGACUGUGGCAGUACCAUGGACUGUGGCAGUACCAUGGACUGUGGCAGUACCAUGGACUGUGGCAGUACCAUGGACUGUGGCAGUACCAUGGACUGUGGCAGUACCACAUGGACUGUGGCAGUACCAUGGACUGUGGCAGUACCAUGGACUGUGGCAGUACCAUGGACUGUGGCAGUACCAUGGACUGUGGCAGUACCAUGGACUGUCAGUACCUGA